ACAGCAGGCAACACAUUGGCGAAUAAGUAAAGAAUCAAAACAGUCGUUUCUGACAAUUUGUUCGCGCUAGACCAUGAAAAGUUGAAAAAUAAUUUUAAAUGUUUAAAAUACUCACUAGUAUUGCGCGGAUAUGUUUGUGGUCUAGGGACUCUUUUUACCGGAGUUCGUACGAAUGUUUAACCGAGAGGUAUUGCUGUUUUUUCUCCUAGCUGCUCCGUCAGCCGUUAGCCGGGUAGUUUUCCUUGCUCAGGACCAGCUCCAUGGGAACUAUGGGAUGAACAUGACCAUAUAUAGACCGGACACGGAGCUGCCCAGCCGGUGAACUGUAAACUCAUCCCGGAGGUUGACAAACAGCAGAAAUAACAUGUCAGCUGACCAGAUUAUAGCCAUCGUGGUGGACGACAGAACCUACGAGGUGAAUAAAAAGAAGCUGAUAGAGAAAAGCGACUACUUUCGAGCGCUCUACAGCUCCGGGAUGCGGGAGUCCACGGAGGACUCCGUUCAGUUGCAAGGGCUCAGCGUACCGGGACUGGAAAUGGUCCUGGAGUUCAUCAACACCUCAAAAGUUCAGGUGGUCAACGAGACCCUUGAGGAUCUGAUCGAGACUGCCUCCUUCCUGCAGGUCACAUCCAUCCUGAAGCUGUUGAGCUCAGAGAUCCGGCCAGAAAACUGUGUCGAGCUGUACAGCCUCUCUGAAGUGUACGGGACCCACGAUCUGCGGAACGCCUGCUUCAAGUACAUGAGCUGCUACUACCACCCCAUGCUACGACGGCCUGAGUUCCACAGUCUGCCCCCAGCUGUGAGGGAUCAGGUCCGGGAGAUGCGCAUGAAGGGCGCCGCUACCCUGGUGGCCAUCGGAGACUUCACCUGUCUGUCCCUGGAUGUGCCCGAUCAGGACGAGCCCUGGUCCAUGCUCAGGUAUGGAGAGGUUGAGCAGCGCUGGAAGCCGCUGGCGAACAACCUGCCUCCGGACAUGAUCAACGUCAGGGGAUACGGAUCGGCCGUCCUCGACAACUACCUGUUCAUAGCAGGCGGGUACAGGAUGACCAGCCAGGAGAUCUCCGCGGUGCACUGCUACAACCCCUGCAGGAACGAGUGGAACCAGGUUGCUCCUCUCAAUCAGAAGAGGUCCAACUUCAAGCUGCUGGCGGUGCAGGGGAAGCUGUACGCUGUGGGAGGCCAGUGCCUGGGCACGGUGGAGUGUUAUGGCCCUGAGCAGGACUGGUGGACCUGUGUGUCCUCUAUGCCUGAUCCUUUGGUUGAGUUCUCAGCUUGUGAGUGUCAGGGUAUGAUCUACAUCAUGGGUGGAUACACUGCAAGAGAUAGAAACACCAGCGUGCUGCGCUACUGCCCGUCCUCCGACACCUGGACGGUGUUCCAGACGUGUCCGGCUCACAUCCGCAAGCAGCAGAUGCUGUCGGUGGAGGACACCAUCUACCUGGUGGGCGGCUACACCCACGAGCUGGAGGCAGGCCGGCGACAGCUGCGUCCAAGCCAGACGGAGGACGUUCUGACGGUGCAGUCGUUCAACGUAUCAACAGGGGAGUGGAUCCAGCUGAAGGAGAACACGUCCAAGUCGGGCCUGAACCUAACGUGCACGCUGCACAACGACGGCAUCUACAUCAUGAGCCGAGACAUUGGGCUACCCACCAGCCUGGAGCACCGCGUCUUCCUCAAGUACAACAUCUUCUCCGACGCCUGGGAGGCCUUCAGACGCUUCCCGGCUCUGGGGCAGAACAUGCUGCUCUGUUCACUUUACCUCCCCAAUACGGUAUGAACAAAAAGGGACCCGACCAGAGGAACCCUUGGAUCCUGUUGCACUAAACAAGGCUGUGUUUCAGUGGGAAGAUGUCAGGUGACCUCUGUGCCUCCAAAUAAACACUGCUGUGGAGAAAUUAGAGACGUACAGAAUAAUUAGCUGGUGAUCGGAAACAGACCAAACUCAAAAAGCCCCAUCUUUUUCCAGUCAGUGGACGCACCCUAUAUGAGUGCUAAGAUGUCAGACACCAGGCAGCGCUCAAUGUGGAUGAGGGGGAUGAAGAAUCAAAGUUAGCCAUUUUCUCUGUCUGUGGGAUGUUAAAAAAUAAAGUCCAAAAGGUGUAAGAAGUCAUUUAAAAGAAGCGAUACUUUUGUUGGCCGUUUGUUCAUGCAGCUACAACAGAGAACCAAACUUCGCCGAUUGUUCGUUAUUUCACUCCUUCUCUGUUUUGUAAUAAUAAUAAUAAAUGUAUUGCUCCAGACUUUUUCAAGGUGGGAAACAGUUUCCUUCAGUAAUGACAUUCACACCGAAGAAUGUUCUUAUUAGCGCAACUUUGCAGUGCUUAGUAUGGUGCCUUUAGUGACUGGAAAAAAGAGGUCUUUGCUCUCUGACCAGCUGAUCAUCGGUCAGGGUCCGUAAAGCUUAAAAUCGCCUAACCUAAAGGGGUACAAACAUAAUUGUUUUAUUAUUAUUUCCAUAAUUCAUCAAACCACUGAAUAAACUGCUGUAGCUUUAGAAGAGGAGAACAAACAUGUUGGUUUACAGGUAAAAAACUGAAGCAGGAUUGGACAAAGUGGGGAUAUGAAUUGACCUCCAGCUUCACAUCUACACUAAUGUUUACAGUUACAAAUGCUACUAAUGCUAAUCGCUAACACAAGAAGCUACAGAGUUAAAAAUGUGACCUCCAUAAUUAUUUUGUCUGUCUUAAAAUAAGCCAACCAGGUUUUAAUGCAGCGACUCAUUACAAAGACUUGUUGAAAUUAGCUGCAAGUCUCUGAUUGGUGCAUCUCUGAUAGGAGCUCAUGUGCCUCCAACUGCUGAGCUGAAUUAAAACAUUUCUGCAUCCAGAAGGCCUUUGAAGAGCAGCAUAGACUACCCAACCUCCUGCCUUGAGCAGGCCAAAACAUUCCUGAUGAUUACACUCCAAAUAUGGCAUAAUGCUACAUGCUUAUGUUCCGCCACAGAGCUUAAAACUACACUUUAACGGGAAUGGGAGAUCCAUGAAAGCUUCAGGAAAUGAAGCAGCUUGCUCAGUUUUAUUUGUCCUGAGAUACACUAAAUAGAGCUCAAAGCAUAGUCCCACAUGUGCCUUUUGUAACCUCAGUAAGAUCGUAGGAUCUUUAAGGAAAAAGCAUGAAAUGCAAAACUGUUAUCACCAGCAUUUGACCAAAACUGCUGUUUUUAUUUAAUCUUUUUGUUAAAGUGGAUUUUGUUUUUAUUGAGGUAGAUUUUGCUCAUUUAUGAAAAUAUGGGCUGAGCAGUGAAAUAAACCUCUAAGUGUUCUGUGUAAUAAAUGCAGCAUUUGUUGUGAUUGUAUUGGAGUUCACAAUUUGUUGCUUGUUUGGAGAUUGAGAAUAAAGAUGAUGUUUAGGCAUCUGG